CCGGGAGGGAGUCGGGAGCAGCCGCCUACAGGAUGUAAGAGAGGAACUGGGGUCUCCAGUCACGGGAGCGCCGGGGCUGCGGGCGGCGAGGACCUGGCUGUGCGCGCGGUCGCUGGACGAUCGCUGGACGCUGGACGCAGGGGUCGCCCUCAGCAUGGGGGAGCCCGGGCCUCCUCGGCCCUGGGCGCUUGGUCUCCUGCUUCUGCUCCUGCCUCAGACCUGGGGCGCAGCAGAGAACCACCUGUCCCUCCUGUACCACCUCACGGCAGUCUCAUCGCCCGCCACGGGGUCACCUGCCUUCUGGGUGUCAGGCUGGCUGGGGCCGCAGCAGUACCUGAGCUACAGCAGCCUGCGCAGGGAGGCCGAGCCCUGUGGGGCCUGGGUCUGGGAAACCCAGGUGUCCUGGUACUGGGAAAUGGAGACCACCGACCUGAAGAACAAGGAGAGCCUCUUUCUGGAGGCUCUCAAAGCCCUGGGGGGAAAAGGUCCCUACACCCUGCAGGGCAUCCUGGGCUGUGAGCUCAGCCCUGAUAACAGCUCGGUGCCCACCGCCCUGUUUGCGCUGAACGGGGAGGACUUCAUGGAGUUCCACCCUGAGAACGGCAGCUGGACUGGAGACUGGCCCGAGGCCCUGAGCAUCAGCAAGCAGUGGGAGAAGAAGGCAGAGGUGGUGAGCAAGGAGAAGACCUUCCUGCUCAGCUCUUGCCCUCAGCGGCUGCUGGACCACCUGGAGCGGAGCCGCAGGAACCUGGAGUGGAAGGAGCCGCCCUCCAUGCGCCUGAAGGCCCGGCCUGGCGAUGCCGGCUUCUCCGUGCUCACCUGCAGCGCCUUCUCCUUCUACCCCCCGGAGCUGCAGCUACGUUUCCUCCACAACGGGCUGGCAGCCGGCACCGGCGAGGGCGGCUUCGGCCCCAACGGCGACGGCUCCUUCCACGCGUGGUCGUCACUCACGGUGCAGCGGGGGGAUGAGCACAACUACCGCUGCCUGGUACAGCACGCGGGGCUACCGCAACCGCUCUCCGUGGAGCUGGAGUCACCUGCCGGGUCCUCGGUGCCCAUAGUGGGGAUAGUCCUGGGCUUCCUGCUGCUCAUUGCCACCGCCGCGGGAGGAGUUCUGCUGUGGCGGAGGAUGAGGAGCGGGCUGCCAGCACCCUGGAUCUCCCUCCGCGGUGACGACGUUGGGUCGCUGCUGCCCGGGCCGCUCCAGGAGCCCGACUCUCCAGACGCCAGAGGCACCGCCUGAAGGCCCCGCUGGGCUGCUGCUGGCCCUUGUGUUCGCGUGUCUGCUGUGAGACUCCUGGAAUCCUGGAUCUCUGAGCCUCCAGAACAAAUGUUGGACCCCAGGUCCCCGCACAGCCCUCCUCCUGGGCUCUGCCUCAGUGUCCCCCCUGACAUCUCUGGCCUUUGUCCACCUCACAUAUAAACACGAGUUUGGGCCCGAA